GUCCCCGAGGGUCCCUCGGCAUUGGGGACCCCCAGCUCACGGGCUCCUUCCUUGUCUUGCAGCCCUGUUACCUGCGAGACUGGGAGAUGCAGGUGCAUUUCAAAAUCCACGGGCAAGGCAAGAAAAACCUCAACGGGGAUGGCUUUGCCAUCUGGUACACCAAAGACCGCAUGCAAACAGGCCCCGUCUUUGGAAGCAAGGACAACUUCCUGGGCCUGGGGGUGUUUGUGGACACCUACCCCAAUGAGGAGAAGCAGCAGGAGGCCCAGAAGAGGAGGUACAGCCCCGGAAAUCAGCGCGUCUUCCCCUACAUCUCGGCCAUGGUGAACAACGGCUCGGUGAUGAUCGACAUCGACGGGAAGCACGAGUGGAGGGACUGCAUCGACGUGCCGGGCGUGCGCCUGCCCCGCGGGGACUACUUUGGCACCUCGUCUGUCACCGGAGACCUCUCAGACAACCACGACAUCAUCUCGCUGAAGCUUUUCCAGCUGACGGUGGAGCGGACGCUGGAGGAGGAGAAGCGCGACAGGGAGGUCUUCCUGCCCGUGGUGGACAACCUGAAGCUGCCGGGAUUGGAGGCCCCCCUGGAACCCAUGAGCGGCCUGGCUCUCUUUCUGAUCGUCUUCUUCUCCCUCGUCGCCUUGGUUUUUGCCAUCGUCAUUGGCGUCAUCGUCUACAACAAGUGGCAGGAGCAGAGCCGGAAACACUUUUAUUGACUCGGGAAGCUGCCCGGGA